AUGUCCAUCUUCUGUUAUGAUGAUGACAGUGUGAGAGUUGUUAGCAGUACAGCUAACCUCAUUGCAUCUGACUUCGAGAACAGAACUCAAGGGUUAUGGUGUUCCUCUAUUGGCAGCCUAGGCACAACUCCAGAUUCCUGGAUGUGUGGAGAAUUUCGAGCUACUCUUGCUCAGUCCGUCAACAAGCAGCCCCUCUCACAGCAGCCACCAGUGAAAGUGAUCUAUCCCUGUUUUCGUAAUGUGGCCCAAAGUAUACAUGGUCUAUUGGGUGGUGACUGUCUACCAUAUUCCAUAAGAACUCAUGGCAAGCAGGCUUGGUUUACAGGAUACCUACAUGAAUGGAAGAGUGACAGCAGCUACCGUUCAGAAGCUAUGCCACAUAUCAAGACAUAUGGCCGAGCAUCACCAGACUGGACCACCCUAGCUUGGUUUCAUUUGAGCAGUGCCAACUUGUCAAAAGCAGCUUGGGGUGUGGCCAGCAAAGGAAAGACAUCUGGUUCUGGGCACUACAUUAUGUCCUAUGAACUGGGUGUACUGUUUCUGCCACAAUUACUGAUUGGGAAGUCAGAGUUUCGUGUUGGUAAUACACUGGGGAAUAGUUCAGCACCUCCAUUUCCUCUACCAUUCGAUGUUCCACCUACACCAUAUGGCGAAAGAGAUAAACCAUGGGUUACUGAAUAUAUGACUGUUAAAUUUUAA